ACGGUACGCGCAUCGUGGACGCGCACGGUGAGUCUACUUCUCUGGUGCGCGCUUCGAGAGACAGUUUGACGUGCGGACUUCUCCAAGUUGGGUGUGCAAAAUCAUCUGCAACUUUAUCCAUUUCUUCUCAAACGCAAAAAGCUUCAAACGGUUCAUCAUGGGAAACCGGUUUACCAGAGUGCGAGAAGCCAACAGUGCCGAGGCUGCUGCCCCUGAGCAGAAGACUGCAGCAGAGCCAGCAGCAGCGCCUGCAGCAGACAGUGGGAUAACACAGGUUCAGGAGGCCAUUAAGACAGAGGUUCUAGAGGUGGUGAAGGAGGAGCCAGUGGUACCGGUGCCAUGUGCCACUCAAGAAUGUGUGAUUGACAAUAAAAUAGUAGAUAUUCCUGCUGCUGAACCAGAGCCUGUGGCAAAAGAAACCCCAGCUCCAGCCCAACCUGAGCCUUUGGUCUCAGUCAGCGAACCAUCACCCCCAGAACCAGAACCUGUUGCCGAGCCAAAACCUGUUGCUGAAGUUCUGCUUGCUCCAGAGCCAGUUCCCGAACCAGAGGCACUCCCUGAGCCCGAGCCAGUUCCCGAACCAUUUCCCAAACCAGAGGCACUCCUUGAACCCGAGCCAUUUCCCGAAGCAGAGGCACUCCCUGAAACUGAACCAGUUCCUGAACCUGAACCAGUUCCCGAACCGGAAGCACUCCCUGAACCCGAGCCAGUUCCCGAACCAGAGGCACUUCCUGAACCCGAGCCAAUUCCUGAACCAGAGGAACUCCUAGAACCCUUCCCAGAGUCAGUGCCAGCCCCCGCUGAGCUUCUGGAGCAGAAGACAGACCGUUUUAGCGAAGAGUCUCUCCCUGAGCUGGUGUUUCCUUCAGUCCCGUUGAUUGAUCUGGAUGUCCCUGAUGUAAUUCUUGAGCCCAUUGACAUUCCUACCAUCACCGCUACAAUCGAUGCAGAUGAGCCUUCAGACAUCCUGGUGACCGAGGUGUUCCAAAAUGGUGUUGUGGAGUCAGUGGAAGAGCUGAUGGAGGUGGAGGCUGCAGCGAAUUUGGAGCAGCAUGUGAGUGAUUUCAACGAAGAAAGUGUUUCUGGACUGCUGAAGAACUUGGAGCUGAAAGGAAAUGACCUUGUCGCUGACCUCAUUCCCAACGAAGUCAUGAUCCCCGAUGACAUGACCAUUUCCACUGAGCUGAUGUGAAAGCCUAAAACCAAUUCAUUAAACAGGUGAAUGGAUACUUUUCUGUGAAACCAUCUUAACCCCUUACAUGAAUUCUGAGAGAAUCACAGAUGCAAUGUUUUUUCUAACCUAAGUGGCUAAAUUAUGGCAAACAGCUAUUUCUCUUUCUUUAUGAACCAUAUGUGCCAAAAGACAAAACGGUAUAUUGGUGGGGCUUUAACAGCACCAGGGUUUUUGAGUGUAAUUACGUUUAUUGCUGGACAACAGAGAUGUUUCUCUAUGCAAAUUCACCAAGCAAGACUAAAUGAUUUUCUAUUAAGGUCCAGUAUGUACACUUUAAGGGGAACUAUUAGCAUAAAUAGAAUACAACAUUCCUAACUAUGUUUUUGUUACUAUAUAAUCACCUUGAACUAAGAAUGAUUGUGUUUUUGUUUGCUUAAGAUCAGCCCUUCAUAUCUACAUAGGGAGAAGGUCCUCUUCGCAGAGUCCGCCAUGUUUCUACAGUCGCUCAGAAAGGACAAAACAAAUCUGGCUCUAGAAAGGGCCUUUCAUGAUUUUCAUUACCUGAAGGCAGGUGUAUCUCUCCAACACACUUGGAAAAGGGAGGGUGGGUGAGGGGGUAUUGAGUUGUUUGCAGUCCCUCGCCACUAGAUGCCACUAAAUCUUACGAACUGGACAUUUUUAAGAGAAAAAGAAGCCAUUGCUAUACAACACACUACAGGAAAAGGUAGAAGUGAAAAUGUUCAUGUUAAGAGUGCAAAGGGAAAAUCUUGAGAUGGAUUUGUGAGUCUACAGCACGCCUUGGGUGAAUGCAAAACGACAGGCAAGGGACAAUAGCAAUGCAACCAAAGAUGGAGACAGUAUAUGAAUACUCGCUAUACAGCAGGAAACAAACAUCAAGUAAACAUUUUUGCGUUAAAAUAGUCAUGUUUGGACUCAUAAUAUUUCUACUUCUUGUUGGAUGUUCUGCAAUACAAUGAUCGAAUACUUUAACCCAAGUAGUGUCUUGAUUUGUAAAAAGAAAUAAAAAUAUUAUUCAACAAG